GCAACUUCAACUACAAAUGCACCUGAUAUUUUUCCGUUCAAAAAAGCCCCUAUAAUAUCACCACUUAACGGCCCCACACAUAAUAACAGCAAACGGGUAUAGAGGUAUUCUAUUCUAUUGUCACGCUUUAAAACUAAAAGGUUUUCCGAGUUAUGACAUCAUCACGUGCAUCAUUAAUAACAACAACACCCACCCUGACAAAUAGACGGGGAAAAAAAUGGGAGCGAGGGCGUAGUGCAGAAUGGAGAGACGCGGACAAAAAAAUAGCCAAAAAUCCUCGAAAAUGAUUGCGCUUGAACUGUUGAUACCGUCUCUAGGGAGGACGCCCCCUAGGGGUUGGGAACUGGUAGACAGACGAUGGAACGCGCUUGACACUUCACUUAACGGCUUUUAAUGGCGCGCAGUUAACUAUUACACGGCUAUAAGGAAGCAGCAGGCUGCACUUUGAAAUUACUUUUCGUGGACUUUGGAUAUGGAUUUGCAUUUCUUGUAGCCAACUGAAACUUGCACAGACUUGCAGGCAAGUCGGAGAAUGAACUACUAAAGGGAACAAACGUGUUAUGGUUCGUCAUAGGUAGACUUCUCCUUUAGGAACUGGCCGUAUCAAAAGAAGUAAACCAAAGGUAGCAUACUCCAGUGCAGUGUUCAAAGCCUUCUGUUUGCUGCUUGUCGAGCCGGAAUCACACUGAACUGGAGAAUGAAGGUGGAAGAGAGGAUACCGAUUCUGAAAUUCUUCUUAAUGGUUUUCAACGGCAUCUUUGUGAUAAUCGGGCUAGCUGUCUUUGGGUGUGGAAUAUGGAUUUUGUUUGACAAGAGCAGUUUUGUAGUGACCAUAGGCGACGGCCAAAUGAAAACCGUCGCCGGCGGGCUUUUCAUGGUCGGUCUUGUUGCGGUGGGUGUCAGCGUCCUCGGAUAUAUAGCCAUAUCUAAAGAAAUACGACUUCUCAUCAUUUUGUACAUGAUCCUUUUAAUCGUCAUAUUCCUUGGCCAGCUUUUCGUCACUUUCGUAUUGCUCUUGGGACGUGAUACGGUUAUAAAGGCACUGGAGAAGGAGGUGGACGAUAUAAUUGUGGACUACGGGACCGAAAACGCAAACACUUCAACAAAUCUCUGGAAUGUCCUCGACGCUGUACAACAUAAUAGCAAGUGCUGUGGAAGAACCAACUACACUCAAUGGGAGAACAACACGUUUAUUAAAGCUCUCCUCGACGAAAACGUGUAUCCGUGCUCGUGUUUCAAAUCCGCCUGCCCGCACCUCAAUGAUGACUCCACGCAAAGGUUUGGCAAUGGGUCAGCUUUCUACACCGAGGGCUGCCAGGAACGCAUCGAAGCCUGGCUUCGAGAAAACGGCUACGCAAUACUGGGCAUGGACGCUGGCCUGGUGAUCAUUCAGAUCCUCCAGUUUGUUCUCAGUUUGUAUUUGUUCCGGGAUAUAAAGAGGAAAGCCAAACAAGGGAAACUGCUCAAAGACCAAGGGGCCUUUUCUGCUAGCAACAGUGCAUAUGCACACCUGGAAUAACAAAGGCUAGUGUGUCACCUAUGUUUGCCUGAUCCUGUAUUAUAAUUAUUAUUAUUGAAUGGCUUCCCUAUUUUAAAUGUGUAAAACAAGGAAGUCAUUAUAUAGAGUACUGUUAUGGACACGAACGGUUGAAAAGAGGUUUUGUUUUAUUUCCUUGGGCAGUAGUGUGUAUUAGGUUACUGGUGAGAAAGCUUUGACUUGGUCUAAGAACCUGUGUGAAUUAUUUUUACGUACUAGUCUUGAUUUAUUUGUGUCUCUUUGUGUAAAAUACAUUACUUGAUCAAUUUCCUGUUCAGUCGCUGCCCAUGUCAGUGAUAACACACAGCAAAUCACUUCUCAGAGUAACUGGAAGGAAAUAAAAAGAGCGUAUCUCAC